UUAAUUUUUAGAAAACGCUUGUCAAAAUCUGUUUAUAAAUUCCUGGGUAAAAUUAUGUAAUAUAAAAUUCUUAACGCGUACGCACAAUCGCAUUAAUUGACUUUAAUUGGCCGACGAGACAUGAGUAACUGAUGCACAUGAACUAGCCCUACAACAACCAGCUGUUAUCCCAUUUACGCGGAAGUGCUGCACAGCCUUAAAGUGGCUGCUCCGCAAGAGCUGGAUUUGGAGCGGGAAACUUCAAACGAGACAUUUUCAAAUUGGGAAUUGGGAACCUGGAGACGUGGAUGCGUUAGAAGGGAGCAUGCUAGUCUUAUAGAAUACUCGAUUCUAAAAGCCAAAAGCCACAGCUUUUAUGCGCAUUACUCACAGUCGUUUAAUAGAUUGUCUAGGUCAAUGUGAAAAUGGUAACACCAAGAGAAUUGACCAACACCAAGGCUACCACGACAAUGAAGAAUCAGGAAAACAUCACACCCAAAAUCAUCGAGCCAUCUCUAUCUUUGGGCCAUUCGUGCUGCCAACAGGACGAUUACGAUGCAUUACGACACGCUGCUACACGUGAGCUGCUUGAAACGGAAAUGAAUUACGUGAAGCUACUGUCUGCCAUUUGCAACGGAUAUUUACCUGCCAUGAGCAAACGCCUCGAUAUCUUUACUGUCAGCAGCAUACGGAUCAUAUUUUCAAAUAUAACGGCAAUAUACAAAUUUCACCGAAAGUUUUUGGAAGCGUUGCGCCAAGGCAUUGAGCAAAACCAAAUAUCGAAAGUGUUUUUAAAGAUGCAUAAAGGAUUUCUAUGCUAUUCAACAUACUGCAAUGAUUAUUCACGUGCUCUUGUCGAGCUCGAACCCUACGAACGCAUUGAGGAAGCCCGCACAAUUCUGGAGAACUGCCGCGAAUCCGAUAACCUGGCUGAACUACCGCUAUCUGCGCAUCUGCUAGCGCCAGUGCAGCGCAUCUGUCGCUAUCCUCUGCACCUCAACGAACUACUUAGCAAUACUUUGCAGAAUAACAGGAACAAGCUUGGUGUCCAAACUGAUAUUUUAGACUAUGAACAUAUUGAUGUGUUCCAGUUUGAUAUUCCUGAUACGCACUCCACCGUUAAAAUGGCGCUUAAGAAGAUGCGCGGUAUCACUGAAGCUGUAAACGAGGGUAGACGCCAAAGCGAGAUUCUUGCACGGCUUCAGGGCAGUUUCCAGAGCUUUAAAGGACCCAUGCUGAACCUGCACAGCACGCGUUUCUUUUUACAAGGGGACGCCAUGCGGCAAAAGCAGAACAUGUGGAGCAGCAGUUGCACCUUGUUCCUAUUUGAUAACCAGCUGAUAUACUGCAAGCGGGAUAUCAUCAAGCGCAGCCAUUUCAUCUAUAGGGGUCGCAUCAUUUUGGAUCGAUGUCGCAUCGUGAAUAUGCAGGAUGGAAACAUGUUUGGUCCCACGGUCAAGAACAUGCUUCGCUUCUAUUGCCAGUCACGAGAGAAGUGGUACGACUUUAGCUUUCGCUCCGCCAUCCGUAAACAUGUCUUUCUCCAUGCGCUUGCCCUGGAGCGACAGUUUUGUGGCAAGACUCUGGACGUUUCCGAGAUGACAGGAUUUGAGUUCAAUGAGUUCGAGGAGGAACGGCCAGGCGACUUCUCUGACCAAUCGGACUACGAGUUCGCAGACUGUGAGCACACAAUGGGCAGCUUAUCCUCCAGUGGUGACAGUUCAGGAGCGGAGUUCACGGUCAAGUCAACGUAUCGCCCUUGCGCACAGUGGAACGAAGAUAUUGCCAGUACCAGCCAUGGGUCUGGGCAGAUGCUUAUGUCAACUUCAGCCUGGUCGUUGAGCCUUCGCCGUCUAAGUAACUGGUUUCGCAAGUUAAAAAGCUUCAACGGGACGUCGAACUCGUUGCCAACUCACAAGCCAGAUUUUGAUGCAGAUUCUAACUCAACGACAAUCGGUUCCGCGCAAAUUGAGACUGGCAGCUCGUUUGCUUAAUUAAUCUUUUGAAUCAUUAUUAUUUAUAAUCAAAUAAAAUAUAAAUCGCUAAAUAUAUGGGUAUGCCGGUAUGUAGAAAA